GAAUUAGAAGAUGCCCGACCCUUCUUCGUUUUGUCAGAAUGCUGCUGCAAAUUUUGUUGGGUACUUGUUUAGUGGAAUUUUCACUCUUAUCUCAAAGCCAAUUAUUCUUGUGUUCAAGUGCGACAAUAAUGUUGACAAUUUGAAGAACAAAGUUGCUGAGCUGAAGGGUCAGAAAGAGGCUGUGGAGAACUUUGCUGGAGCUGUUGGCAGAAGAGGGGAACAGAUUGCACAAAAGGUCAGGAAUUGGGAGACCAGCGCCAACGAUCGCAUUGAAGACGCAGACCAAUUAGUAGCUGAUGCUGAAGGAAAUGCCAAGAAGAAGUGUUUCUUUGGGCUGUGUCUCAAUCCCAAAUCUCGUUACCAACUCAGCAAAAAAGCCAAGGAGAAAUCCGAGGCUAUUGCUGAUCUUGUAAAUGAAGCUCGUGGAUUCAACCUCCCACUUUACCACACUCCUCCUCCACCAAAAGAAGUGCCUCCGCGUGUCAAAGAAUUCGAGGACUUUUCCUCAAGAGAGGAUGUUCUAGAGAGGAUCAUGAAGGCACUGCAAAGUCAAGGCAGCAGCAUUAUAGGGGUACACGGGAUGCCUGGCGUGGGGAAGACGAUGCUGGCCAAAGAAGUAAAAAGAAAAGCAGAGGAAGAGAAGCUGUUCGAUGCGGUAGGUAUGGCUCUCGUCUCAAGGAAUGCAGAAUUGAAAAGAAUUCAAGUUGAAAUUGCCCGUGGCUUGGGUCUAGAUCAGCUUCCUAAUGAAAUUUCAACUAAGGAGGCUGCUGAACGUAUUGAAGGCAGGCUGAACAAAAUGAAGAAGGUUUUAAUCAUUUUUGAUGAUGUUUGGGAGUCUGAAAUAAAUUUGAAGGAACUUGGAAUUCCUCUUAGAAACGAGCCAAAAAAGACUGAGGGGAGUUCGUCAAGAGAAGAACAUGCAGAGGGGAGCUCGUCAAGAGAAGAACAUGUCGAAUGCAAAAUUCUGCUGACAUCCAGAGAUUCUAAUGUUUUAUCAGAUCUGAUGGGUUCUUCACAGAACUUUUCACUUGAUAAAUUAGAAUUUCGAGAAGCAUGGGACUUGCUUAAAAAGAUACUUGGUGACAGAGCAGAGGGUGAUGACAUACAUGGUCCAGCCUUUGAUAUUGUCCAGGAAUGUGGGGGCUUGCCCCUUGCAAUUACAACAAUGGCAAAGGCUUUGAAAAAUAAGAAGCUUUACGAAUGGAGAGAUGCUUUGAGACAACUAAGAACGCCCUCUGCAGAAAACUUCCAUGGCAUACCUGCAAAGGUUUAUUCAGCUAUUGAGGUCAGUUACUCUCAUUUGGAAAGCGAGAAGCUGCAGGAAACAUUUUUGCUUUGCUGCCUAAUGGGUCACAAGGCUUCAAUUCAAGACUUGUUGAAGUAUGGUGUAGGCCUAGGCUUAUUUGCUAACACCAUAGGGGAAGCACGAGAUGAAGUAUUUACUUUGAUUGGCAAGCUCCGAGCUUCUUCUUUGCUCAUUGAUGAUUCUGACAAUAAUUGUUUCGAUAUGCAUGACCUUGUUCAUGAUGUGGCUGUAUCAAUUUCAAGUAGGGAUCGUCGUGGGUUGCUGCUAACAGGGGACCAUCUACCAAGGAAGUGGUCAGACAUGGAGACGAGGAAAGAUUUCAAAUGGAUUUGUCUGCGAUAUUCUAAUGUUGAUUGGUUACCUGAAGAGUUAGAAAGCUUCUGUCUUACUCUCUUUCGGUUGGCUAAUAAAAGUGCUCUGCAAAUUCCAGCAAACUUUUUCAAGGGAAUGCCAAGACUCAAGGUAUUGGAUUUGACUCACAUGCAUAUGUCAUCCCUGCCUUCAUCAAUUUGCCACUUGCAGAACCUCCAUACAUUAUGUUUGGAUCAAAGCGUGUUGGGGGACAUACGUAUUAUUGGAGAGCUGAAGAAUUUAGAAAUUCUUAGCCUUUUGCGAUGUGAUUUUGAAGAGCUUCCAGGGGAAAUUGGGCAGCUGACUCGGCUAAAGUUAUUAGAUUUGAGUGACUCUGCUAAACUCAAAAUAAUUCCCCCAUGUGUCUUGGCAAAUAUGUCCGGAUUAGAGGAACUGUACCUGGGAAACAGCUUCGAUGGAUGGGAGGUUGAGGAAAAUGAAAAUCAAAGAAAUGCGAGCAUUGCGGAGUUGAAGCAUUUGAAGGAAUUAACUACUUUGGAGAUGACUGAAGAGCUACAUCUAAGUGAGUUGGCAGGUGUAAAGAAUGUGGUUGAUGAGUUAAAUACUGAAGGUUUUCCAGAUUUGAAGUAUCUCAAUGUCCAUAAUGCUCCAGAGGUUCAACAUAUAGCGGAGGGGGUUCCUUUCAUUGCAUUUCCUAGCUUGGAGGUAAAGAAUUUGUUCUCUUCCUCUAUAGCUAGACAGCUUCUCCAUCUACAAAAAAUUUCAGUGACAGAUUGCAGCAAUAUGGAAGAGAUUGUUGAUGACGAAGAGCAAGGGAGCAGGAGUGGUAUUGUUGAAGCAACUGAACUGAAGUUCGGGGAAGAGCUACGGUCCUUGAGAUUGCAACGUCUACCAAAACUGAGUAGUCUCAACAAAAGUUGCAGGCACAUGCCACUUUUCAAUGAACAGGUUGCAUUACCAAACUUAGAGGAGUUGCAAGUAUCUUGGAUUAAUGUUAACAUCAUAUGGCAUGCUUCGAUGGCAUCUUCUUAUAUUAAGAAACUGACGAAGUUGAUCAUUGAGAACUGUGAUAAUUUAGAAUAUCUAUUCACAUCUGCUAUGGCUAGAGAUCUGGUAAUGCUUGAACACCUUGAAAUAAGGGAAUGCGAGAAGAUGGGAAAGGUUCUUUUUACAGAAAAUGUAGAAGAAAAUGGGAAUUCGAUUUUCCCUCAAUUGAGGAUUCUAGAGAUACAAGGUCUUCCAAAACUCGGAAGAUUCUGCCAUGGCAAUUGCAUCAAAUUCCCCUGCCUUUCGCGACUUUUGAUCACGAGCUGCCCUGUAUUAAAGACUUUCAUCUCAUCAAGCUCUAGUUUUGACACUGGUACACCUCUAUUUGAUGCGAAGGUGAUAUUCCCCAUGCUAGAGCAACUAAUAAUUGAAGUUAUGAAAAGCUUGGACAAGAUAUGGGACAACCAACUUGAUGCAAAUUCUUUUUGUCAACUAAAGUAUCUUGUUGUGUAUUCAUGUAACAAGCUACUACAUAUUUUCCCAUUUAGUAUGCUGGAAAGGCUUCAGAGACUAGAUAAGUUAGAGAUAUGGAGUUGUGAUUCACUGGAAGAGAUAUUUGAGUCUCAAGGGCUUGACGUUGGCCAAUCACAAGCUCAAAAAUUCACGGCACCAACUUUGAUGGAAUCUGUUGCAAAGUUUGUGUUUCCAAAAUUGACACAGCUAGAUCUUUAUUUUCUGACCAAACUGAAGGUCCUAUGCCGUCAAAACCAUAUUACUGAAUGGCCAUCAUUGAAAAAAUUGACGGUGUAUGGAUGUGAACAAGUACAGAUAUUUUCUUCAGAACUUUCAAGCUUCCCAAGAACAAAAGGAGAUGACCAACUUGAAGUUGAUGUUAAAUAUUCUUUGUUCUGGACAAGCAAGGCUACAUUCCCCAUUCUAGAAGAACUGAAAUUGACACAGAAUGAUAAUAUGAAAGAGAUAUGGCAUGGACAGCAUAUUCUAGGGGAUUAUUUUCCCAAACUAAAAUUUCUUAAACUCAAGCGGUUCCCUAAGCAAUCGGUUGUCCAGCCUUUUCUCUUUCAGUCUCCGAAUCUUGAAAAGCUUGUUCUAAGGAAAGCCCCCUUUCAUGAAAUAUUCAAAUGUCAAGGACUUAGUGGUGUGGAAAAACCUGCACUUGCACUUACUCAAUUAAGUGGACUAAGGUUGUCUGAACUUCACGAGUUAAAAUGUCUCUGGAAGGAAGAAUCAAAUUUGGAAUCGGUUUUCUCUAACCUGAAAAUUCUUGAAGUGCUACAGUGUAGCAAAUUAAAGAAUUUAGUGCCAUCCUUCAUAUCUUUCACGAAUUUGACAACUUUGGAAGUAUCUGCAUGUCAUGAACUCAUAUAUUUAAUUGAUUACUCAACAGCCAAAAGCAUGGUGCAACUCACAAGAAUGAGUAUAAGUGAAUGUGAUAUGUUAAAAGAAAUUAUGGCGUGUGUGGAUGAUGAAAUGAAGGAUGGCAUUGUCUUUAGCCAACUCAAGUAUUUGCAACUUUGUGUUCUACCAAAAUUGGCAAGCUUUUGCUCGGGAAGUUGCAACUUUGAAUUCUUAUCUUUGGAAGAAGUAAUUGUGACUUGCCCAAAUAUGCAGAUCUUCUCUCACGGGGAAUGCAGCACCCCUAAAAAAUUGCAAAAGGUGAAAUUGACAAAAGAUGGAGAUGAAGAGUUUUGGGAAGGCAACCUUAAUAGCACCAUACAAAAGAUGUUCAUAGAAAAGGUUGGAUACCGUGGGUUGGAGAAUUUAAAGUUCUUUGAAUUUCCUGAGUUGAUUGAAAUUUGGAAGAAGAAACCUCAAGAAAUCUUGCCUUUCAAAAGCCUUGGAUCUCUAGAAGUUUGUAACUGUAACAGUUUCAGAUACUUUCUAACCACUUCUAUGGCGAUGGGCCUCACGCAACUCCGGGAUUUGAAAGUUGCAAACUGUGCUGCAAUGGAGCAAGUGAUCAUAGGAGAAGGAGCUGAGGACCUGUUUCCUAAGCUAUUCACUGUUACUUUAGAGUCUUGUCCCAACUUGAAAUGUUUCUAUGAGGGAAGUAGUUGGCUUGAGUUUCCACGGUUGUACAAAAUUACAGUUAUUAAUUGCCCAGCUUUGGCUGCUUUUGCUUCUCCAUUUUCAAGUGAGCAAGAGAAACAGAUAACAACAAAUGACACAGAAAGUGAAGAAGGGCCUGUCAUUUCUACCCAACCUUUCUUCAGUGAUAAGGCUGCAUUUCCCAACUUGGAACGGUUGACUAUCACUCACUUGAAAAACUUGGAGAUGAUAUGGCACAGCAAAGUGCAUGCAGAUUCCUUUUGCAAACUGGAAUCAUUAACAGUUGAAAAUUGUGACAAGUUAUUCGUUGUUUUUCCUUCUACUGAGGUUGCAUUUCCCAACUUGGAACGGUUGACUAUCACCCACUUGAAAAACUUGGAGAUGAUAUGGCACAGCAAAGUGCAUGCAGAUUCCUUUUGCAAACUGAAAUCAUUAAUAGUUAAAAAUUGUGACAAGUUAUUGGCUAUUUUUCCUUCUACUGAGGCUGCAUUUCCCAACUUGGAAUGGUUGACUAUCACCCACUUGAAAAACUUGGAGAUGAUAUGGCACAGCAAAGUGCAUGCAGAUUCCUUUUGCAAACUGGAAUCAUUAACAGUUGUAAAUUGUGACAAGUUAUUGAUUGUUUUUCCUUCUACUGAGGUUGCAUUUCUCAACUUGGAACGGUUGACUAUCACCCACUUGAAAAACUUGGAGAUGAUAUGGCACAGCAAAGUGCAUGCAGAUUCCUUUUGCAAACUGGAAUCAUUAACCGUUGAAAAUUGUGACAAGUUAUUGGCUGUUUUUCCUUCUACUGAGGUUGUGUUACCAAGCCUAGAGGAGCUGCAAUUAUGCUGGAUGAAUGUUAACAUCAAAUGGCUCACUUCAAUAACAUCUUUUUGUGUCAAGAAAUUGAAGAAAUUGAUCAUUCAAGGCUUUGAUAAUUUGGAAUUUUUGUUCUCAUCUUGUGUGGCUAGAGGUCUGGUGAUGCUUGAACAACUUGAAAUAGGGGAAUGCAAGAGGAUGAGAGAGAUUAUUGUCACAGAGAAUGCAGAAGAAAAAGAGAAUUUGAUUUUUCCCCAAUUGAACCGCCUAUCGAUAGAAGACCUUCAAAACCUUGUUGCAUUCUACUUAGGAAAUUGUAUUGUUGAAUUCCCAUCAUUGGAGGAUUUGAAAGUACUGAAUUGUCCUGAAUUGAAGGGAUUCACAGUUAAAUAUUCUGAAAGCACAAGUUACAUAGUUGACAUGCAGACACUCUUCAAUGAACAGGCUGCAUUUCCCAACUUGGAAAGGUUGACUAUCACCCACUUGAAAAACUUGGAGAUCAUAUGGCACAACAAACUAUAUGCAAAUUCCUUUUGCAGGCUAAGAUCAUUAAAAGUUGAAAAUUGUGAAAAGCUAUCAACUGUUUUUCCUUGUACUGAUAUAUUGGGAAAAGUCUUGAAAUCCCUAGAGGUGUUAUCUAUAUAUCGGUGUGGCUCACUCGAAGGGAUAUUUGAAAUUGCCGAGUUCAAUGUCAAACAAACACAUGCUGUAAUUGACACCAAGUUCAAAGAAUUGAAUAUUGAAGGCCUACCAAGAUUGAAGCAUGUGUGGAAUAAGGAUCCCCAAGGAACACACACUUUUCACGACCUGGAAUCAAUCAAGGUAAGCUAUUGUGGGAGUCUUAAAAAUUUGUUUCCAGCUUCAAUAGGCAAAAACCUUUUGCAACUCCAAAAGCUACAUUUAUACUGGUGCGGGGUGGAGCAAAUUGUCACAAUGGGAGAACAAGAAGCUGGAGGAAUUGUUAGCUUUGAAUUUCCUCAAGUAACAAGUCUUAAGCUUGAGGUGCUACCAAGACUCCAAUGUUUCUACCCAGGAAAGCACACGACAAUGUGGAAAAUGUUAAAAGAGUUCUAUUUUUCCCAUUUCAAUCUAGUAAAGGGAGCAGAUGGGCAUGGACAACUUGACUUCCCUGUACGACUACCACUUUUCUCUACAAAAAAGGACUAUCUUGAUGAUGAAUUAGAUGUUUUACCUGUUGGAUUCCUAAAAAGGUUCUGCCAUCUAGAAAAUCUCAUUGUGAGCUAUUGUAAUUUUAAAGAGUUGUUCCCUUCAAAAGGAGAAGUUGAAGAACAAGAGAAACACAUUGAGAUUGAGACACUCUCAAGGAUUAAAACAUUAAAUCUGAAGUGCCUUCCAUAUCUCAGGCAUAUAUGGAGCCAUGACUCACCGAGUGUCCUUCAAAAUCUUGAAACUCUUGAUAUAUUCAAAUGUGAUAGUUUGAUUAUAUUAUCAACUUCAAUUUCAUCUUUCCAGAAUCUCACCACUUUGAACGUAACAAGUUGCAAAGGGAUGAUAAAUCUGGUUUCAAUCUCAACAGCACAAAGUUUGGUGCAGCUAGAAAGUAUAACUGUAGAGAGCUGCCACAUGUUGACUAAAAUAGUUGGAAGAGAAGGAGAUGGAAUGCAAGAUUAUAUCAUGAUCACUUUUGCUAAACUAAAAUUUUUGACACUUCAGCAGUUGCCAAGACUAGAAAGCUUUUGUUCAGAAAAUUUCACCUUCAAAUUCCCAUAUUUAGAAGAGGUAACUGUAAAGCAAUGCCCCAAGUUGAAGAUAUUCAGUGAGGGAGAGCUAGAUACACCAUUGCUAUGGAGAGUAAUAAUUAAAGAAGAGGACAAGUACCGUUGGGAAGAUGACCUUAACACUACCAUACAAAGAAUGUACAUGGAAGAGGUAUGAAUUGAUUUCUAAAUAUUUGAAGCCAGUCAUUCUUUUUAUAAAAAAUUGUUUGAUUU